UCUAGCCUUGAUCAGCCAUCUUGAAUAUCACAGAUCAACAAGGCGACAAGAUGGCCGUAGAAACUAAAAUGCUGUCCUUUGACGAGAUGUUUUUUAACGUAGAUACAGGAUAUCUAGAAGGUCUGGUUCGUGGUUUCAGGUCUGGGGUGCUAACACAGAGCGACUACUUAAAUUUGACUCAAUGCGAAACCCUUGAAGAUUUAAAGCUUCAUCUACAAAGUACAGACUAUGGGAAUUUCCUUCAGAAUGAAGCAAGUCCACUAACAGUAUCAGUGAUUGAUGAUAAACUAAGAGAAAGGAUGGUUGAAGAGUUCAAACACCUCAGGAAUCAAGCCCUUGAACCUCUUGCCACCAUUAUGGAUUUUAUAACGUACAGCUAUAUGAUAGACAACAUCAUACUCCUCAUUACUGGGACUCUUCAUCAGCGUCCCAUCCAAGAACUGAUCCCCAAGUGCCAUCCUCUAGGAAGCUUUGAAGAGAUGGCUUCCAUCGGUAUUGCAUCCACACCUGCCGAUCUUUACAAUGCUAUCAUGAUUGAUACUCCUCUAGCACCAUUCUUUGUUGAAUGUAUAUCAGAACAAGAUCUUGAUGAGAUGAACAUCGAAAUCAUCAGGAAUACUCUAUAUAAGGCAUACCUGGAGAAUUUCUACAAGUUCUGUGAUGGCCUGGGAGGAACCACCGCAGAUGUCAUGUGUCCUAUACUAAAAUUUGAAGCAGAUAGAAGAGCAUUCAUAAUAACCAUCAACUCCUUUGGAACAGAGUUGAGUAAAGAUGAAAGACAGAAGUUGUUCCCACAGUGUGGUAAGCUCUAUCCUGAUGGCCUAGCAAAACUGUCUAUAGCCGAUGAGUAUGACCAAGUGCGAGCUGUAGCAGAUUAUUACUCAGAUUAUAAGAUGCUCUUUGAAGGAUCAGGCACAGGUCCUGGAGAAAAGACUUUAGAAGACAAAUUCUUUGAACAUGAGGUUAAACUCAAUGCACUGGCAUUCCAGCAGCAGUUCCAUUAUGGAGUCUUUUACGCUUACUUUAAACUCRAAGAACAAGAGGGAAGAAACAUUGUGUGGAUUGCAGAAUGCAUUGCCCAGAGAAACAAAUCAAAAAUUGAAAAUUAUAUUCCAAUAUUUUAGACAAAAUUAAUAAUUAACACAAACCAUAUGAGAAUAGGUAACAUUCUGUCAAGUCUUGGUUAUAUUCAAUGACCAUACACAAUUCUACAAUACAUACAAAGUUGUUGAUGGGAAACAAUUGAUAAUGAUUGUGCAUCCUCCUAUACUGUGUGUCUACAACUAGACUAAAGAUAAGCCCUGGGCAGGGGAAGUUUUGUGCUGACUUAAUUGACCUGGAUUCUGAUUUGCCUUUAGUUUUACUGAUAUUUAAUUUAGGUUUUAUGCUAGAAUAUGUAGGUUUGCCCUCGCACAAUUCAAGUCUCAUUCUAGGUUUGUAUAAUGGCUAGUAAGCAAGUCCAUGUUUAGGAAAACAUGGUAAAAUCACUUGCCCUGCUAAAAGGGCUUUCUACAGUUUCCUUUAAUUACCAGUAUCUAUAAUUAAAUAAGAUAAUAAGUACAAAAUUUUAAAACAAAAAAGAAUAGUCAAAAUGUAAAUACAACAUUAUUAUUGGAAUGUCCUUUCUAGCUGAGUUAAAGGAAGAUUGUUAUGAAGUCAUCCUGUUGGGGUAAAUAGGACUAAGUUAAGGGAAAGAUGAGAGAGUGUCUGCUGCCUAUUUUGUCCCUAAAUAUUUAGACCCAAAAUACUCCCUACAAAUCUAUUACCACUCCUUGUACUAAUUCAGAAAGGCAUGAAAUUCCAAAUUUGAAUGGAAUUGGGGUUACCAUUACAUUGAAGAAAUAAAUAAAUCAAAUCCGUCUAAGCUGAAAA